GCUGAGACCUUUCUAGACCGAUCUAAGAGAAACACGAUCCAAGUUUUCUUUUUUGGGGGUGAAACUAAUACAAUUUUUGUUGUGAAGAAAAUCUUGAGUAAGGGGUAAAAGAUGGAGGAGCUGAAAUCUGCUGUUAAUGAACACAUGGACCAAAUGGCAGAUCUGAUGGAAAAGCUCACAGCGGAACUCCGCUCUGGACUCAAACCCGCCUAUGAAAAUUUCAUUGGUUUCUUCCACGCAAUUGACUGGAAGGAACCUUGGUUGAUAUGUCUUGUAUCGUUUCAUGUGAUGUUGCUACUUGUAGUUUUCAUGUCAAGGAAGAACAUCAACUUUCAGAUGUGCUUGUUCCUUCUUGCACUUGGAGGAGUUUAUCUAGCUGAGAGGCUUAAUCAUUUAUUAGCCGGCAACUGGAAAAGCUUUGCAGGCCAAAACUACUUUGACUCUCAUGGCAUCUUUCUCUCCAUACUUUGGUCCGGGCCCCUCUUGGUGAUUGCAAUCAUAAUCUUGGUCAACACCUUGUUUUCAAUGUGUCAUCUGAUGGUGAGAUGGAAGAAGGCUGAGCUCAAACAUCGUGCAAGAGUAGCUCGUAGUAAAGUGGAUUAGGUUGAUUUUGUUUCUCUUGCACAAGAAAGGUCUUGUGUCGAUUUUUUCCAUUGGAGCUUCAUUUUUAGGUUUUCCUGUACUUUGGUCAACUUUGAAAUUUUUCCUCAGGUUUUAGUUUUAAGCGGUAUUUUGUAAUAGAAUUUAUGGCUAAACACAGCUUUCGAUGUUAGGCAUAUCUGUUCCAUCAUCAAAUAGAUCCACAAUUUAACGAAUCUAAAGCAAUGCAAUUUGUAU